GGAAUAAUGUACCUACUGAGGAACAAAUUAGAUGAUAUAAGCUUCACGCUAGCUACUAUAAAUACUGUGGUAUAGCGCUAGAAGCAUAAGUCACAGUUCUGUCGUUCAAUUAGAAUCACUAUGGCUGGGAAAUUCUUUGUAUUGUGCUGCCUGCUGGUAGCGGUGUACGCCGAAGAAAAAUAUACGGACAAAUACGAUAACAUCGACCUACAAGAAAUUAUAGAUAACAGGAGGUUGCUGGUAGCCUAUAGUAACUGCCUUUUAGACAAGGGCAAGUGCAGUCCUGAAGGAAAGGAAUUGAAAGAUCACGUCCGAGAGGCUCUGGAGACAGGAUGCUCUAAAUGUACUGAAACCCAGGAAAAAGGCACUUACACCAUGAUCGAGCACUUGAUCAAUAAGGAGAAGGAAAUAUGGGAGGAGCUGACAGCCAAAUACGACCCUGAAGGCAAAUACAAGAAGAAGUACGAGGAUCGCGCCCAGGCUAAAGGUCUUAAGCUACUCACCGUACAAAAUAUGGUAAUACUCUCAUACUUUAAACUACCAUACCACGACGGUCUUUUGUGGAGGUGUGAUACUGUCCCUGAAGCGAGUGGCCCAAUACGUGUCGAUGCUCGACUCCCACAUAAGAUUAAUUACAUUAAUCCUAAGAUGAAUAGCAUCCUACUUAUACUUUUUGGCCUGAUUGCAUUUGCAUACACUGAACAAUACACGGACAGGUAUGAUGAUAUGGACAUUGAUGAGAUCUUGCAGAACAGAAGAUUAGUGACUUCAUACAUAAAAUGUUUAAUGGAUAAAGGGAGGUGCACACCGGAAGGAAUCGAAUUAAAAGUACACAUAAAAGAUGCAAUGCAAACGGGUUGUGAAAAGUGUACGGAAAAACAGAAGAAAAACGCAAGAAAAGUGGUCAAAUUCAUUCGCGAAAAUGAAAAUGAUGCUUGGAAGGAUCUGUUGAAAAAAUACGACCCAAAUGACGAGUAUAAAGAAAUUUACGAAGCUUUCCUUGCUAAAAAUGAUUGAGCUUCCAUUUCAUUUGGUGACGUUUAAAAAUAGUCCCAAACGUAGCAAAAUAAUAAUCGUAUUAUAAACGUCCUCAAUAAAUACAGAUUAAAGGAGAAUAACUUUUUUACAUUACGUACUAUAUGUAAAUGAAGAAAAACAAAUAAUACAAUAAAGUACAAUAACACAAU